AUGAGUUUUCAUCCAUCGCCGUCUGUUGAUUGUCACACGACUCCAAUGGAAGUCCUAUCUCCUUUUAUUCAAGAAGCAAUUGACAAGCAAGAUCCAAUUCGAAGCAAUGGCGGUUUACCGAACCUUGAUAAUCGUCAACGGCCUCGUGCUUCAUCAACUGUUGCCAAAACAUGUUGUGAUUAUCAUACAACAAGUGGCCAGUACAUCUUUCGGUGCCCACCAACUCGUUUGAACAGAGCAGUAUUCACUGGAGAAGCACUUUGUAUCUCACAAAUAAGAACACUAGCAUUUUAUCAAGCUCUACUCAGUGAAUACAUCGGUACAAUGCUACUGACAUUAAUAUGUACAUCCACUGGAUUACCGAUCACAUCGAAAGCCGUACCUGAUCUACAUGGCGCUUUAGCUGGCGGAUUUGCUGUUGCUACUCUCGUCGUCGCAUUCGGUCAUAUGAGUGGUGCUCAUAUUAAUCCAGCUGUCACAGUCUCGUUCUUAGUCGCUUGUGAAAUCGAUAUCGUACGAGCAUUAGCUUAUGUCGGCGUUCAAUUACUCGGUGCCAUCAGUGGCUCUUUCUUACUGUCGUUAUUAGCACCGGUGCAUGCACAAGGAAAUUUAGGUUUAACUACCAUUGCUCCAGAUGUAACCAUUUCACAAGCCGUGAUAAUUGAAUGCAUCAUUACAUUUGUUCUAUGUUAUACAGUACAUGCAAUCUGCGAUAAACACCGAGAAGAUAUUGGCGGUUCGAAAGCUUUAGCAGUCGGUUUAGCAGUCAUCACUGGUGCUUUAUUCGGCGGACCCUAUACUGGUGGUUCAAUGAAUCCAGCUCGAUCAUUUGGCCCGGCAACAAUGACAAAUACAUGGGAAAAUCAUUGGAUAUACUGGUUUGGUCCACUGUCUGGCUCCAUCCUAGCUGCAAUCAUUUAUACUUAUAUUCUACGAAAACGCCCGCCGAUUGUUUUACUCACGGAUUCGGAUACGAACGUCAAGAAAAUGCCACCAAUUUAA